AUGAAGGGUUCCAUCUGGGCUUUCUUCUUAUUGUCGGCCAUGGUGGCCAUCUCUGGAGUGAGAGGCAAGGAGGCGAUGAAGUUUUGUGGGCGAGAUUUCAUUAGGGCUAUCGUCUACACCUGUGGCAGCUCUCGUUGGAAAAGGGACCUUCAGGGGGCUCUUGAAGAUGGUGAGGAAGAGAAAAAGUACUUUGAGGUGCCAAGCCAAAAUGGAGCUUCUGAUGACGUCACGGACCUCCUCUCCGUCAAUUCCCCUGCCCAUGAAAUCCUCACGCAGAAGCAGCAACCAUUAGGCACCGGGCUACGGAAGCGGCAGGCUGAGGUGGCCGAUUUGAUCACUUUCUGCUGCCAGACUGGCUGUACCAUUUCAGAACUGGGCCGGCUGUGUUAGGACAAGACCCGGUUGGGUGGGCAGCCGGGGCUUGACCGUGACGGCCUCUUGCCUGCCUCUUCCAACACCCUGAUUCCUGUAAAAAUGGUGGCUU